CUCUCUCUCUGUCUCUUUCUCUCUCUCUAUCUCUCCACGGCCCCUGUGAAGCAACAACCUCUGACAACUUCUGGAGGACGUUUGCACACGUAGUCCAUUGUUUUCAGUUACAGACAGAGCAUUGCAGGUAUGCUAAAACACGAGAAUCCCAAUGUGUACGUGGUGGACAGCCAUGCCAACCUGCCUCCUAUACCGCCCAGGCUGGGCCAGAGGCAGCGGCGAGCAGGGGUGGCGCAGACUCUGCUGAUCCUGCUGGUGAGCGUGGCCUUGUGUGGCAUGACCAUCGAAGCCUGCUUCAUCUACCGCCUCUACUUUCUCGAACCUGCUGCCUCAGCGUCGUCCUCCAAGCGCACUGGAGGUGAAGAUGUUACUUCCACCACUAUAUCACCCAGUUAUGAUAUGCUUCCUUCCAAACCAGUUGCACAUCUGACAGGUGGAAACGAUGUAGUUCAUGGACAGGAGAUCUUGGCAUGGAGCAUGAUAGCAGAGCCCAUCCUCUAUGGAAUGGUCUACAUGGAUAGAAGCCUUAUCAUUCAGAAGGAGGGUUAUUACUAUGUCUAUUCAAAGGUUUUCUUCUUGGAGGAGGGCAUAUUUUACCACUCUGUCGAGAUGAAUACUGAAAAGUAUCCUGGGAAAAGUAUGAUCCUCCAGAGGUCCAGGAAAUACUCCUCGAAACAGAGCAAAGGACGAUCCAACAGUUACCUGGGCGGAGUGUUCCACCUUUACAAAGACGAUGCUCUGUUCGUGAAAGUCAGCAGCACCGCGAAAAUCCAGCAACACAAUUCCUUUGAGAACUACUUUGGUGCAUAUAUGAUUUAGAUAUCAGACAGAGCCUCAUCAUUGUUACAAAUUGAUAAGCUUUGACUCAUCACUCUCGGUUUUACUCUGUCACUGGUACAACUUUGUACAUAUAAGGCAAUUCUGGGACUCUCCCCACUUUACCUGUUUGUCUGCAUUAUGCAGAAAUGUAUUGAGCAUUACUCUCUGUGUUGUCAGAACUUCUUUCUACUUUCUGUUCCCAAUGAGUACAGAGAAAUCUGGAAAAAAGGACUUGUAAUGUAUUGCAAAGAGAAUUAAUCUCACUCAAUUUCCCCGAAGCUAAAGGUUCAGAGUAAGAAUGUACAUAAUUUAAAUUAAUUUCUGAAAUGUCCAAUCAUAGACGUUAAAUAAACUCAAUUAACAAAUUUUCCUCCUAAACUCCUUGCUGUAACACGCACUUUCGCACCAUUUAUUUAUUAUUCCUGCUUAAUGAUGUUGUAUUUUUGUACAAUAAUGUAUAGACAAUAAGGAAAUAAACAGAUAAUCAUGGAAAAGGUC